CUCCACACACAGAGAACCCAACCCCCAGCCCCCAGAAUGUUCUUCCUGCUGACAGCAUUCCAGAUCGUGGCUCUAGCCAUGGCACAGAGCCAAAGGGAUGAGAACAAGAUAAUUGGUGGUUACACAUGCGUCCAGAACUCCCAGCCAUGGCAGGCAGCCCUACUCGCAGGUCCCUUUCGUCGUUUCCUCUGUGGAGGGGCCCUGCUGUCAGGCGAGUGGGCCAUCACUGCUGCUCACUGUGCACGCCCGAUACUUCACAUAGCCCUGGGCAAGCAUAACCUGAAGAACUGGGAGGCCACCCAGCAGGUGCUACGUGUGGUUCGUCAGGUGCCACACCCCCAAUACAACUCCCGGACUCACAAUAACGACCUGAUGCUGCUGCAGCUGGAGCGGCCCGUUCGGCUGGGGAGGGCAGUGAGGCCCAUCACCAUAGCCAGCUCCUGCGCGAGCCCAGGAACCCCCUGCCAUGUGUCGGGCUGGGGCACCACAUCUAGCCCCAUUGGUGAGUACUCCCACAUCCUGGGAAGGAAGGGCUGGGGGGCCUGGACUCCUUGGUCUGAGGGAGGAGGAGGUCAGUCCCCAGACUCCUGGUCCUGCUGGAAGGUAGAACCCUCACUUGUAACCCUUCUGUGCCCCCCAGUCAGUUACCCCAACUCCCUCCAGUGUGUGAACAUCAACAUCUCCUCGGAUCAGGAGUGUCGGCGGGCUUAUUCCCAAGCCAUCACUGCUGGCAUGGUCUGUGCAGGUGUCCCCCAAGGUGGGAAGGACUCUUGUCAGGGUGACUCGGGGGGACCCCUGGUGUGCAAAGGACAGCUCCAGGGCCUUGUGUCCUGGGGGAUGGAACGUUGCGCCCUUCCUGGCUAUCCUGGAGUCUAUACCAACCUGUGCAAGUACCAAACUUGGAUCCGGAAAACCAUACGGAGCAAAUGAAUGCUGGUGUAACUGAACACCAGCCCAUCUGCUUCCCCAGAUAUUGCUCUCUCCACACCAAGACCCCGGGGUCCCAGCCCCUAGCCCC